CUCUGUUCGUUUGCUGGACGGUAAUGGCGGCGUGCCGGGGAUCAUCGUCCAAAUGGUUUUUCACCCGGGAACAGCUCGAAACCACCCCGUCCCGUCGCUGCGGAGUGGAGCCAGACAGAGAGCUGUCCUAUCGACAGCAAGCCGCGAAUCUUAUUCAGGACAUGGGCCAGAGACUAAAUGUUUCUCAACUCACAAUAAAUACUGCCAUUGUUUACAUGCACAGAUUUUAUAUGUACCACUCUUUCACCAAAUUCCACAGAAAUACCAUCUCCCCAACAACUUUAUUUCUGGCUGCAAAAGUUGAAGAGCAACCACGGAAACUCGAACAUGUCAUCAAAGUAGCGCAUGCUUGUUUAAACCCACAAGAGCCUCCUCUGGAUACUAAGAGUAAUGCAUACCUCCAGCAAGCUCAAGAGCUGGUGAUACUUGAAACCAUAGUGCUGCAGACUUUAGGCUUUGAAAUAACAAUUGAACAUCCACACACUGAUGUUGUGAAAUGUUCCCAGCUAGUCCGAGCAAGCAAGGAUCUGGCACAGACUUCCUAUUUCAUGGCUACCAACAGUCUGCACCUCACCACCUUCUGCUUGCAGUACAAGCCCACAGUCAUCGCCUGUGUUUGCAUUCACCUGGCUUGCAAGUGGUCCAACUGGGAGAUCCCCGUUUCCACUGAUGGAAAGCACUGGUGGGAGUAUGUGGACAACUUAGUUACACUUGAACUUCUUGAUGAACUGACCCACGAGUUUCUGCAGAUACUGGAGAAGACACCUAGCAGGUUAAAGAGGAUUCGUAACUGGAGGGCUACACAAGCGGCUAAGAAGCCCAAAUCAGAUGGUCAGGGCUCAGAUAGCAGCUCUUUAGCGGGACCUUCGUUAACCCAGGACCUCUCCUUGAUGGAUGCCCUUCCUGGGGUCUCUACAAGUACAGCAUUCUCCAAAGCCUCCACGUCUUUCCCAGUGACCCUGCCAGGCAACUCAAGCAGCAGUCUUUCUCUUGAUUCUAUUGCCAGCAUGCAGGGAACCGCUUACACUUACACCGCCCCCAGUGACUGGCCUCAGGACCAAGUACGCUCAGACCUGUAUUCUGUCAAACAACUUCCCCCACACACAUCUAUGCACCCACAUCGGCCUGACAAAAGUACAGAGAUCAACCCUGCCAAACACGAACACAAGUCCAGUGGUGGUGCCAAGCACCAGGCAACAACCUAUCCUGCAGCACCCACACAGAAAAUGUCUCUGGACAAGUACAGGGAGAAACACGCUGCUGAACUGGCGGUGCAGAAACGCAGGCAAGAGCAGCAGAGUAUUGAGACUGAGGUCUAUGUUGCUCCAGCACAGACAGAUUACCGCAAACAUUUACCCCAACUAUCUCUGGGGCAGCAGGGAGCAGGAGUCACCACUGCCUCACCCAUAAAGAUGAAACUGCCUGUCGCUGGGCAGGACAAGCUCCUGGACAAACGUGAAAAAGGUAGCUCUUUAAAACUGCGUCUUCCAGUCCCCUCUCAAACCGAGAAAGGGGGAUCAAGUAAGGAGGAGCUAAAAAUGAAAAUAAAGGUGUCCUCUGAGCGGCACAGCUCCUCAGACGAGGGUGCUGCAAAGAGCAAACAUUCCAGCCCGCUUGUGAGCAAGGAGAAACACAGAGACCACUCAACCCAUCGUCACCAUCACAAACACAGCCACUCGCACACUCACACACAUAGCGGCAAUGGCAGGAGCAUCCUCGAGCCACCCGCAGCUAGUUCGGCCCUUAGGAGCCCAUUAGGUUCUGUUGCUGAUGGUGCAAGCUCAGCUUCCAGUUCCUCACGCAAGAGGGUGAACCCCGACGCCAGCCACAAUCACCACUCCAAAAAGAACAAAAGCUCCAAAGGCGGUACAGGUAGUUCCUCUCAUUGUUCAUCUGUUCAGCUGUGUGUGUCAUCUCACAACUCUGUUCCUAACCUUCCCUUCCCCCCCCCCGUCACAUACCAGGUGGGCUACGGACAUCUCAACACCCUAGUGAAACUGGCCAGGAAACCAGUGGAGAGCCAUGGCCCUGAUGGCGCCGGCCUUGCUAAUGGCCAACACAGAGACUACAAAGAUACUUUUGACAUGCUUGAUUCGCUUUUAAGUGCCCAUGGAAUGGGCUCUUGAACUGAUAGGAAAAGAGGAUAAAAUAUAAAAGAAAAAUCAAGCAUAGAUUUCAUUAUUAAGAAGAGAAAAAAACAGGAAUGAAGAGAAAGAAAAUAAAAAUGCUUCCCGAUCUUCUGGCAGUUCGGUUAAGUCUCGCCAUCUCUGUGUAACUGCUGCUUCUUUCUCAGUAUUCCCUCAUGAACAGUCAGUAUGAAUGCUUAAGCCAGUAUGUGAAAUUCAGGGCCAUUCUAGUUUUUU